AGAUCUAUGUAAUCAAAAUGGCGGCGGAGGUGACGGUUCCCCCUACAACGCUGUAUAGUAAUGGCCAUAACUUGAUGAAUGGGGAGGGUGAGACGGAGGAGCCAGCGGAGAAGAAGAUGCGGCUAAACGAUGGUUGGACCGACUCAAAGAUCGUUCGAUUCUUUUGGCCGAACGAUGGCGAUGAUCCAUUGCUGCGCCCCGAUCCUACAGACUCCUUAGGGCAGACAUUCUGUUUACAUGUCAUUGUGUGAACCAUUGUCAUGCUGAGAGAGCAGUGUAGUCCUUCAUUAUAAUGUGCACAGUAGUGACCACUGUAACCUUGUUCAAGAGUCAACUUAGCUAAGGAGAGUUGAGCCAUAGACGUAAGAGGAGUGAUGAUGAUGAUGAGGAGGAGGAGGAUGGUGAUGAUGAUGAUGCUGUUGCUUCCCUCACAAAGCAAAGUGAAGCUUUUUGCACUGAUCAUCUUUUGCUUUGUGAUGGUAAUCUUGUGUUUUGUUUGUUUUGUUAUCUUUGCAGGUAUGCGUGAGUAUGGGUUCAUCUUUCUCUGGUGUCGCUGUGCUGCCAGUCUCAUAAACAAUAGGAUCAGUACACUUUCACACGGAAAUCUUGAGAACAGUCGCAAGUGGCCGAAACAAAAGAGAAAUUAAUAUUUAGAGAUAUGAGCAUGGAAUUGCCUUUACAACAUGCAAAAAAAAAAAAAAAAAUACUGAGGAAUGCAUAGAAUUGCCUUCCCUUUCCUUUCCGGGUUAAGCAUUUUCCUGUCGUUCUUACUCACUCACCACCUACUCACCCACUGGAGGGACAGACCAUGUGCCCACGUGGGGUUUGAGGGUUUUUAUAUUCUACUCUUUGCAGGGUUGAGCAGCCCCUGGCCACCCACCCCACUGUGUGUGCCUUGUGAAGAUAGACAGAGGCAGCUAGAAUCCGGAGCUCCAGCCACCAGCACCUUCUCUAGGGCUGUGUGGCUGGCUCAUAACCCCUCUUCAUCUGUCAUGUACACACACACACACACACACACACACACACACACACACACACACACACACACACACACACACACCAGCCAUGUUCCAGAGAGUCACAUCUUUGAGACAUGCCCUGCUGUCUGGUGCCACAUUGAACCAGACAGUAAUUUGGUCUUUUUGGGCAUGACAGCUUUGUUAUAAAUUGCCUCAUGUUUUAUUUUUUGUGAAGUAAGAAGUGAAUGUUGUGACAACUGUUGUGUUGUAUUUUUAUUGUGUGUUUUAUAUGUGGCAUAUGUAAAAUGUCUAUAAAAUUCAGUGUUGCCUUUGAGUAAGUUAUUACCAAGUAACUUUCAUCACUGUUAAUGUAAAUCAGUAAUAUUGUUUCAGUUAAAUUUGCAGCUCAAAAAAUAGUAAUAUGCCUUGAAAAUGGCCUUGUAUACACACACACACACACACACACACACACACACACACACACACACACACACACACACACAUCUUUAAGAUGUUCAUAAAGAAGCUUUUUAACUGGAUGUUAGAAUACAUGCAGUAAGAUAAGAAACACACACACACACACACACACACACACACACACACACACACACACACACACACACACACACACACACAGUUUUUCUACCUUGCAAUGUGUUCUCUGUCUUUGACUCAUGCACCCAUUCACCACCACCACCAUCGCCACUAUUCCCUAUUUUCCAAAUCAACCGCCCUGCAGGAGUGACAUGUUAUUUUUGUGAAUAUGUGAUAUGCCUGUUCUUUUUUUCUCUGUCGUUCCAUGGUGUAAGGUGGGCAGAAAGGCCUCAGCAGCAGGGAGGUUCAGCGGAUGGCGAGCGUCAGUUAUCUGGGGCUGCUAUUUGCGCAUUGUAGCUUCCCCAGAGCAGUGAGGGAGAAGCCCGGCCCACUCGGACCAGAUCUCCAACCAGAGAGGUGGACCAGAGUGGCUCCCUCAUACUGGGAGCAGGUGCCAAGAAGGAUGACAUAGUGCACCUGCUGGGCCAGUCGCUGCCUCGCCUCUCCUCGGAGCAGAAGGACAUGGUGGCGCGGGCCAAGAAGUAUGCCAUGGAACAGUCCAUUCGCCUCGUGCUCAUGAAGCAGACACUCGCACACCAGCAGCAGCAAGCCAAGUCCCUGCAGCGACACCAAGCACUGGUGCUCAUGUGUCGAGUGUACGUUGGCAGCAUCAGCUUUGAACUCAAGGAGGACACUAUUCGACAGGCCUUUGUUCCCUUCGGCCCCAUCAAGUCCAUCAACAUGUCCUGGGAUCCCGUCACGCAGAAGCAUAAAGGGUUUGCAUUUGUGGAGUACGAGAUGCCUGAGGCAGCACAGCUGGCCUUGGAGCAGAUGAACGGCGUCAUGAUAGGCGGCAGGAAUAUCAAGGUUGGCCGACCCUCCAACAUGCCCCAGAAAUGGUCGACAGCACAGGGCCUCAGUGCCUGUGAUGUUGCACUUCUGAAGCAUCAUACCAUGACAAGGACGACAGACAGUGCCCAGACGGUCAUUGAUGAAAUCACCGAGGAAGCCAACUACUACAAUCGCAUCUACAUCGCCUCGGUGCACCAGGACCUCUCAGAGACAGACAUCAAGAGUGUGUUUGAAGCAUUCGGCAAGAUCAAGCAAUGCAUGUUGACGCCAGGCUCCACACCCGGGAAACACAAGGGCUAUGGUUUCAUCGAAUACGAGAACUCUACCUCAGCGCAGGAAGCCAUCGCCUCCAUGAACCUGUUUGACCUGGGGGGACAGUACCUCCGGGUGGGCAAGGCCAUCACUCCCCCGGGCUCCUUCUAUGGACCACUCUCAGCACCCACCCAGAUGCCCACUGCAGCAGCCGUAGCAGCAGCGGCAGCCACGGCCAAGAUCCAGGCCAUGGAUGCCCUGGCCACCAACGCCAUUGGCCUGGUGCAGGGCCUCAGCAGCUCCCCAGGCUCUGUGUCGCAGCUUCCCCCGGUGGGUGUGGUGGGUGCUGUGCCUCCUGUGGGGACUGUGGGGGCUCUGUCGUCAGCUCUGCCCACAGUGACCUCGCCUGUGGGUGUCUUAGGCAGCUCACCCACCGUGCCCCCCGUGGGUGUGGUGACUAGCUUGCCCAGCCUGGGUGUUGGGACAGGUGGUGCUGGUGGUGCUGCCUUGCCUCCCCCCACAGUCCUCACUGCCCUGCCAGUGCCUGGGGGUGCAGGCUUGGCAGGACCAGGUCCCUCCCCCGGCCCAGGCCUCCUUGGGCCUGCUCCAGGCAUUCCACCGGUGGAGGAGCGGCGUCCCACACACCAAGAGGAGCUGGCCAAGAAGCUGAUGGAGGACAACGAGCCACAGACGCUGCAGCAGCAGGAGACCAUGUCCAUCAAGGGCCAGUCAGCACGCCACCUUGUCAUGCAGAAACUGAUGAGAAAGUCUGAGUCCAAUGUGGUGAUCCUGCGCAACAUGGUGGGGGCAGAGGAGGUAGAUGAGCUGCUGCAGGAGGAGAUCACGGAGGAGUGCGGGCGGUUUGGCUCGGUGCGGCAUGUCAUUAUCUACCAGGAGAAGCAGAGUGACGAGGAGGAUGCGGAAGUGCUGGUUAAGAUCUUCGUUGAGUUUGGCAGUCCAUCAGAGAGUGGAGCAGCUCAAGAGGCUCUCAAUGGACGGUACUUUGGCGGGCGGUUAGUAAAGGCUGAGCUGUAUGACCAGAAUAUGUAUAAUCACAAUGACCUCUCAGGAUAAUGCCAUGCCACUUAGCACCAACAGCGGCAGCCAGGACAAGUGCUUGUGUCAAGAACUAUUCCUAAACUGAGGUGUAUGUGUGAAUGUCGGUGUAAAUUAUGCAUAUAUGAGUAUAUAUAUAUAAAUAUAUAUUUAGAGAAGAAAGAGAGUGAGAAUGAGAGGGGAAACAAAUACUAUACCGUACAUACAAUACCAUGGAUGCAAUUUUUCAUGUUAUGUCCAAGAUUUUAUUAGUUUUUUUUUUUUUUUUUUUUUUUUUUCAUUCAAUUGGGCUGUAAUGAUAAUUGUUCUUUGAUACUCUCUCUCUCUCUCUCUCUCUCUCUCUCUCUCUCUCUCUCUCUCUCUCUCUCUCUCUCUCUCUCUCUCUCUCUCUCUCUCUCUCUCUCUCUCUCUCUCUCUCUCUCUCUCUCUCUCUCUCUCUCUCUCUCUCUCUCUCUCUCAUAGCCCAUUCAUUCCUUCUCCACUCAUAUUAAUGAAGUAAGUUGCAUCACCUCAACAAGACAGGUUCUUCACCUUCACCUUGCCAUCAUCAUCAUCAUUGUAUUAAGGCUCCAAUCUAACCAUCCUGUGACAUUACUUACUGUGCUAAUCAUGCACUCAUUACAUUCAGUUACAGGAGGAGGAGGAGGAGGAGUAGCAUUAGUAGUAGUGGUAGUGGUAGUAAUAUGAUGACUAUAGCACUGUAAGAAGGAAGAGAUUAUCUUUUAUAUAAAUGGGACAGGACUUGGGUGGGUGCUAAAAGUCAAUCAGUCAGUCAUUCAUUUCUCCUGCACACCUUUACCUCAUAUCAUCUUUAUGUUAUCUAUUUUAUCCAUCAAUUUCUCUCACAUGACCUAUCAACUGGUGUCAGUCAUAGUUCUGUUAUUCUCAGUCCUAUAUCUCUGGUAUUUUUAUAUAUCUUUAAUCUCUGGGUUGGUAUCACGUAUCACCUGUUGCUUAUGUUAAGUAAGCUACACUUCAUCACCUCCACUACCAAUACCAAUUCCUAUAUAGUUACCACAUUCAUGCAUCCUCAUCUUUGUCAUCAUUGUUAUCACCAUCAUCAAUUUUUUUGCCCAACUAAUUUUUUCUCACAUUUUCACUUGAUCAGAGAAAGUAAGACAAGCAACACCCAGCAAUACAACACACACACACACACACACACACACACACACACACACACACACACACACACACACACACACACACACACACACACACACACACACACACACACACACACAAAAUGUUGGCAGAUUUUAUAUUGAUUAAUUUUUGUUAUGGCAAUGUUCCUUGGCUAUGGAAAUGUGUAAGCUAUUAUACAUCUGGUCUAAAUUGUUGUUUUUUAUUUCUUUUUGUCCAUAAUUGGCAUGUUAUAAUAAUUUCUGGUUUAGUUCAAGAAAUAUGAAUGCCAUAAUGUGAAUAAGGAACAUCAUUAUUUUGUUAUUCCAAGCAUCUUUUAUGUUGAAAUUAAUUCUUACUUUGGAAUCAGUUGAGACUAAACCAUGAAAUAUUACACACAUCCCUGCCUUGCCUGUUCCCUCUGAGACUCCUGUUGUAGAGCAGCACAAGUCCACCCCGUCCCUGCCAGCAGCUCUUAACACAGAGGUGGGAGGUACAUCCAACCCAACCCAAACCAACCCAACCUGCCAACUCUCUCCCAGCCCAGGAACAAAAGGGACAGUAUUCUCAGACAUGCUGGUGUUCUUAUGAUCUUAUCUGCUUUUAUAGUAUUAUUUUUUUCAUUUAUUUAUUGUUUAUUUAUUUCUUUUGUUUAAUUUUGUUUUUUGAUAGUUCAACAGUAAUUCUGAAACCAACAGUAAUUAUGUCUUACCAUUGGGAAAAAGUCCACAAAAACCCAGUUAAUCUUGUCGAUAGCCUUUGAAAGUACAGUCAACUCUCAAUUAAUAUGAGUUAGAAUAACAUGAUUUUGAUUUAAUGCAACUGAUAUCUAAGGAGAUACGAUUGAAUAACACAAUUUAUCCAAUUUGAUGCGAGUUAACUUGACUCAUUGACAUCACGCACACCCACGCUGCAUCUGGUGGGAACCACACUGAGCUGGUAUUCAGAAACUCAACAAUGAGCAGAGUAACUUCAGGCCAAGAAAUGGUAUCCAUGAACACAUAGGGAGACAUUGUUGCCAUGGUAAUAAGGUUACUAGCAGGCUAACAACAAAACCACCUCCUGAGGAGGUAUUAAUGUCCCAUAUAGACAUUUAUGCUCACAAAACUAUUUCUAUUAGGUUUUUAUAAGCCUUACCAUGCCACGCUUUGAUGCCGUGGUAUAGGUCACAAGGUAAAAACACAGAAAGACGAUCCACUCACAGUGCGGUUAGCUCCAGACUGAGUGAGGAGUGACGACUGUGUCCUAUACCAUGGCAUUCAAGUGUGGCAUGUUAAGGAUUAUUAAAAGCUAAUAGAACAUAAAUGCUUACUUAUAUGAGACAGUAACACCUUCUUAGGAGGUGGUUUUAUUAUUAUUUCAUUAUAUAUUAUUUGUUCAAUUAACAUCAUUGCAAGGACAGAAAGGGGGGAUAAGGAAUGGUUAUUCUUGGUGGGGAGCAGGACUGUCUCCUCUCCUCCUCCCUUACUGCAAGAGGCUAUUCAUGUUAAAUUGCAAGUUUAAUGCAAAUACUAUACUGUAUAUGGAGAUAGAACUGUGUUCACCAUGAAUGUGUAAUGGCCUGCAGUGUUUUUCUAUGUUUUUCCUGUCUUUGGGUUUGUAAAAUGUGAAUUAUGUUUCGUUGAAGUGAUGGAGAGAUUACUGUUCUGUUUUGGUCUGUCUAUAGUUCAAGAAUGCCAGUAGUACAAUUCAAUCUCAUUAACUACAUGCUAAAGAAGUAUUUUUGAAAUGUUUAGAUGACAACGGACAAAAUUUUAAGUUAUGCUUCAGCACCUUAGCACAACUUUCAACAGGAAGUUAUUGGUUUUCCAGGGGUCUUCACAGUACGUACAUUUAUUUCAGACUUCUAUACCAUAAAUUGUUAAAACACCUAUGUGAAAGUAACUUGACCUUUGUGGCUUUUGAAAACAGUCUAUAAGAUAGCAAAUGUGUAGGAUUCCCAGGGAAACGUGUUGACUUUGUGAAAUUAUAUGCGUGGAAACUCAGGGGUCAGCAUUGCUUUUGAUGUAGUCACCAAUAUGUACAAUGAUACAUAACUCAUCCAUUAACAUGCAGCUGGUACACUCUUUGUUUAUAGAGUAAUUAUCUCCUUAGUGAUGGUGUCUGUACACUGUUUACAUUGCUUUCAUGAGUUUUUGGAGCAGUAAUGGCUUUAUCAGAUAAGAGGUGUAAGAUGAUAAGCUCAUAACUUACUGUAUAGAAAAAAAACACGAUUCAAUGUGACCGAGAACUGAGAUAAGCCUUUGAGUAACUCACAGUAUGUGUUUAAUAUUUCAAUUCGUGUGGGAAAUAACUGAAUUCUGAUGUUAGGAAAGUCUCAUUCACUAUGUAUUUAGGAAAAAGCAGGUAGAACACCUUGACUGUUAUAAAUCUAAAGAGUCCAAUCCAUAUAUUUUGUAUGAAAUGUGAUGAAAGGCCUAUUGUCACUAUCAGGAUGUGAAUGGCUGGAGUUAGGGGCCUUCAGGAAACAUGCAGGCAGAUCACAUGCCUGUAAGUAUGUAGAUUUACACUAUGUAGUCUGCUCCAUAACGCACCUCAACUCUCCCGCAGCGCCAAAGCCUCUAUUAUGUGACCAUUUGUCUUUAUCUUGUUGCUUGGUGCUUGGAGCUCAUGCAAUUCAGUCCAAUUUUUCCCAUGUUGCCACAUUAAGCCAUGUGUGACACUAUAUUGCCAUGGUAUAGAAACACAUAAAGGUGUUUUGAUUGUUUGCUUUGAAUUAUGUAAAUGUAUUUUCUUAAUGCAAAGGUAAAAUAACUUCACAUAUUGUUGUUUGAAAAAUGUCUACCAAGGUUUUUUUUUACUCUUAAUCUUGGUCCAUGUUUACAAACGUUUAGGUGUCUUGCCUCGACUAUUAACAGGCUCCAGUGAAAUUUAAUGGCAUUAUCAAUGGCAUUUAGUAAGUCUCAUUAAGAGCUUAACAAAUUAUGGAUCAUUGGAAAAAUUCAAUAAUUAUAGCAUGCCUGAGAAAAUAGUUAAGAGAGAACAAAACGUUUGAAGGUACAAGUCCUUGGUCAGUACUAAUAGUACCAUCCGACACUGAAAUACCCUAACUGUUCAUCUAUAUACUGUAAGCCUUCACAGUAAUAUCUCCAAGCAUGGAGUUGUGUUGGCUACCUGGUGGUGAGCCAAGGGUAUGGAGUGAAGAGUGAAAAGUGAGGAAUGCAGGACAGUGGGUGAAACAAAGGAGUGGAAUACAGCAGUAGGCAGAGGGUGGUAUGGCAUAACAGUGUUGGGUUCCUUGGUUGUCAUCUGUCAUAUCUUGUUACUAUGACUACGUUUUCAAGACGUGUAUAAUAAAAAGUACAUAUG